UAUCAAUCGAGACACUACUGGAUGUGUUUCUGUUACUCUUCAGGGAAUGCGAGGGUAACAUCAAGAAUGACAAGAACAUGGAGAUAUUUGUGCAGAACAUGAAACCAUUCUACGAUAAAAUCACGAAGCACUGUUUCUGUCAGGCUGAUUUCGAUACCUUGGCUGUCAUUGGAAGAGGUGCAUUUGGAGAGGUCCGUGUGGUGCGAAUGAAGACCAGCCAGAAGAUCUAUGCGAUGAAAGUGCUGAACAAGUGGGAGAUGUUGCGCCGUGAACAGUCUGCUUGCUUUAAAGAAGAGAGGGACGUACUGGUGUUCGGUGAUAGGAACUGGAUUACUCAACUACACUACACAUUCCAAGAUGAAACCAACCUGUAUCUUGUAAUGGAUUACUAUUCGGGAGGAGAUCUCAUGACGGUACUCACAAUUGACGACGUGUUUGACGAAGAUAUGACCCGGUUUUACAUAGCUGAGAUUAUAUUGGCAUUAGAUUCCAUGCACAAACUGGAGUACAUUCACAGAGACGUCAAGCCUGACAAUAUACUAACAGACGUGAACGGACACAUCCGACUAGCAGACUUUGGGUCCUGCCUGAAACUCCGGUCAGAUGGUAUGGCUCAGUGUAACCACGCAGUGGGUACACCUGACUACAUAGCUCCAGAGAUCUUACAGGCCCAAGAGGAUGGUAAGGGAUGUUAUGGUAUAGAAUGCGACUGGUGGUCCCUGGGUAUUGUAAUGUAUGAGAUGCUGUAUGGUGAGACUCCCUUCUAUGCUGAGUCCCUUGUCGAGACUUACGGCAAAAUCAUGAACCACAGGUCCAAGUUAGAUUUCCCGGACGAUGUGGAAUUGUCAGCGGACGCUAUAGAUCUGAUGAGGAGACUUAUCUGUGAUAAGGAUGUGAGGUUGGGUAGAACGGGUAUCUGGGAGUUCAAGCAGCACCCUUUCUUUGUGGGUAUCGACUGGGACAACAUCAGAAACACGGUUCCACCGUAUGUUCCGGAAGUUACGGGCGAGACUGACACUUCUAACUUUGACGAGAUAGAUCCUAACGCUAAACUCCCGGAAAGUCAACCACCCCAUAGUCACGCUGCCUUCAAGGGGCACCACCUUCCAUUCGCGGGCUGGACUUUCUCUAAUAACAGCCUGCUAGCAGACACAGCAACAUUAGGAGCUGGAGAUGGCAGUCCAACUACCACUGUUGUAGACGGUACUCCUGAUCCUCGUAUCAAGACAUUGGAAAGUGAAAACUUCAAUCUCAAGAAAGUCUUAGAAGAUCUGAAGAAGGGGGCUAAGCAAAAUGAAUCAGCCAACUCUGAGAACACGUCUAUAAAAAACAAGCUUGAAAAAGUAAAACAAGAAAGAGAUUCUUUAGCCAAGGAAAUCGACGAGCUUCAGGGCCGAGUUUCUGCUCAACAAAGGGAACUGAAAGAAUCAGAAGCAGCACGUAAAGCAGUGUGUAUGGACAGCAGUGAGAUUGAACUGAGCUUGGAGGAGAGAACAAACGAAGUUAACAGGAUGAGCAGAUCCAUCAGAGAGAAGGAGGAUGAACUCGAAACGGCGACAUGUCGAAUAGACAUCUUGAAAAGAGGUAUCCGAGAGAUGGAAAAAGCAAAAUCUGACCUAGAGAUAGAGUUAGCGGAAGUGACCAGCAGUCUUGUAAAGGAGAAGAAGAUUUCGCAACGAGCAGAAGAAACGAUAGCGGAACUACAGGAGGACAUAGCACAGAGCCAGUCUAGUCGGAGAGGAAGCAAUUCACAAGAUGCAGACAGGCUCAAACAGACUAUGGAGAUUAUGAAGAGUGAUCAUGCAGAAGCGUUAGCCCAAGAAACCCAAAGAACGCAAGUUCUGACCGACAAACUCACCUCAAGUUUAGCCGAAAGGAGAGAUCUUGAGGCGGAAUUAGACACGCUCAAAUUUAAGUGCGCUGAGGCCGUUUCUAAACGAACUGAGCUGGAGGACGUUCUGUCAGAGCUCGAGAAAAAGUUCGGCAAAGAAAAAGCUCUGCUCCAACAAGACGCAACGGACGCAAAGAGAAAGUGCGAAGAGUUGGAGAAAUUGUUAGAGAAAGAGAAAGCGAAAGCGAAAGUGGUAGCAGCCACUCCUGACCCUCAGCUAGAGAAACUUCAGGGUAAAGUGACUGAAGCUAUGAAAUGGCUUGAGGACGAACGGGAAGCUAGAUCUUAUCUUCAUACCCUUGCUAACAAGAUGCACGAGGAACUGGACGGAAUGAAGACUGCGACCAUCCGGAAGUCAGACUGGCAGCAUCGGCGACACCAGAAAGCGGAGAAGAAGGAACUUUUAGCACUCCAAUCAGAGCUGAAGAGUGAGAUAGACGGUAAAAAUCAGGCGCUUCAAGACGUGCGGGAUCUCAAGUUGGAGGCUGAAUCUAAGAGCCGAUCAAUAGCGGCUCUAUCUGACGAGAACGACCUGCUGCGAGAAGAGGUGGAGUUACUAAACCAGAAGGUUCAACAACUGGGCUCUCAGGUUUCUACCGGUAGAGCCAGUCUUAAGGACUACAAUUCUCGUAACAGUUCGGACGGUCUCAGUGUCCAGAGCGGUUCCCCCCGGUUCCUCAGUGCGCGGCAAUCCUACGACGAGCCCGGCGGAGAGAAGGUCCCCCACAAGUUCGUGAUGAAGACGUUUGGAGCGCUGACAAAGUGUUUACAUUGCACCGCUGUGUUACACGGGGUGGUCAGACAGGGCAUGUACUGUGAAGUGUGUCAGUUAGCAUGUCACCAGGCCUGCUCCGAACGGGCCCUACACACGUGUCACGGUACACUUGUCACUGAGGAGUCACCCAGACGUCCUGACCCAUCUGGAUAUGGCACUGCUAUAGAGGGCUGGGUUAAGGUGCCUCGUCCCGGAGGUGUAAAGAAGGGCUGGGUAAAACAAUACGUCACCUUGUGUUCUUACAAACUCUUGUUUUAUGACGAGGAUCCUGAUAGACGAGAUCAACCUAACACUGUUACUAAAACUCUCAUCAAUAUUGGAGACCCUGGGUUCCAAUGUCAGACAGUUUUAUCAGCGGAUGUGAUACACGCCUCCGCCGGCACCAUACCCCUCAUAUUUAAAGUAUCCCAGACUCUCCUGUGUGACCCCAACAAACCUUUCACGCUGUUGAUAAUGUGUCAAGAUGAGUUGGAGAAGAACCGUUGGGUUAAAGUAAUAAACGAUGUCAGGACCAAGAUCCCCAAAACAGAUCCGCUCGUCUUCAAACCAGCGGUUCUUUACAAUACCAACCAGUUGGUGCUGUUAAAGACGAUGUUGUGCGCGACGGUGCUGGAUCAAGCCAGACUGCUCCUGGGAGCGGAGGACGGGCUCUAUAUUGCCAAUUUGGUAGAUAACAGUGUGGAGAAGGUGUUAGAUAUGAAGAAAGUGGUAAGAGUUGACCUGGUGGAAAAUGACGAGCUUCUCGUCAUCAUGUCGGGCAAACAGCCGAUGAUAAAACUAUUGCCACGCUCAGCGAUUUCCAGUACUGAUCAGGGUAGUGACGAUAAUGAGAUGAUCAAGAUACCCGAGACCAAAGGUGUACAUAUGUUUCACACUGGAACUACUAAAGCCGGAGGGCACUCCCUCCUCUGUGUAGCUAACAAGAGAAGGGUUAUUAUUUACGAGUUUACUAAAAUCAAAGGGGUUUUCAACAACCGUAAAAUCCGAGAGUACGAGCUGCCCAACACUUGCCAGUGGAUUGGCAACUUCUCCACUACCCUUGGCUGUGGUUUUGUCAGCGGAUACUCCCUCUUCGACCUCCAGGACCCCACGCUGCCUCCCACUAUACUGCCUGAUCAAGAGGAUAAGACACUCGCCUUUAUCAGACUCAAUGCCCUGUACGCUCUAGCUUGUAUUGAAGUGGAGUAUAAGCGGGAAUACCUUCUCUGUUUUAACAUGUUGGGAGUGUACGUGUUAAACACAGGACACAGGUCCAGAAAGCAGGAGUUAAUGUGGAGUUCCCCUCCUAAUAAAGUAGCUUACACUCAACCCUACCUGCUGUCAUACUGCCAACACUGUGUUGAUGUUUACGACGUCAGAACCACCGAAUGGGUACAAACACUACCUCUCCAAACACUGGCUGGUUCACCCUUCAACUUCCUGGGUACUCUCUCCAUCGCUCAAAUUGAGGGGCAACCAACUCUGCUGUUAUGGAGGGAUGUUCGAUUGGAAGAGCAAGAGCAACCUGUCAUCCUUGGAGGCAUCAGAAGACGAGAAAAUGCAUCCGUUAAAAUCAAAUCGACCGUGUCCCGCCCCUCUAACCGGCAGAGCCGAAUAUUCAGCAUCAACAGUAUGAAGCAAGCCUCACAACCACUCAGAAAUAGGUUGGAAAAGAUUGAGAUAUCUCAGCCGAGUAACUUUAAUCACGUGACCCACAUGGGACCAUGUGAUGGCAGUAAAAUUCUACUGGACAUACCCCAGGCGCAACAAGACCCAGCUCUAAGAAGGACUAUGACUGCAGCAGCCAGCUUCAACAAGCUUCCUAGCCCUUCCCGGUCUAACGACUCCGGUAUAGAGUCGGGAGGAAGGAUGGAACGAGCGGCUAGUUCAGUAACUGAUCUACAAAACUUCCGGUACAAGCCGCGUGACCCCCUGCCACCUCGAGACUUGUCCACUAGGGACUCUCUCCGGAGUAUACCGUCGCGUGACGUAACGCGUGAUUCACGUGACGUCACGCGUGAUUCAUUAGUGCCACGUGACAAACAACAACAAAGUACUCGCGAUAAUAUUGGUGAUACAAGCCCAGUUGACGGCUCUAUAAGCCCCCAGGGCACUUCCUUGCGGAACUCAGUACUCGGGGGUUUCUCUGAAGAACAGUUAGCGUUUCUAAAAAUUAUGGAUGAAAAACAAUAACGUAGCGGUCACUCCAGCAGUCGCCAGCCAACUCAGCGGUCAUCACCUAGAUGGUGGUGGUCACCAUGGUGAUGGUGGUGGUCACCUACGUGUCAUUUGUGCAGCCUCCACCGUGAGACACUUUGAUCCGAGUGGAUUCAAUUUUCUGCGGUGCUUGUUGAGCUUCAAUCAUUAGGACUAAUAAAAACGAUGCCGAAUGGCUUGGUCGAGACUCGAGGGUCGUAUCAAUUAGGAAAAUUCAAGACAAUCGCUAUCCGUAUCGAUCUGCAAGAUGAAUUAUUAUUUUUAUGUUGCGUUCUUUUAUUUUUAGUUUUACAUAUUAUAUUAUACUGUUUUCUGCUGUAAAAAGUUAUUGAUAACCUCUUGUACUUAGAGCAUUGCUUGACAUUGAUGAUGUGGUUGGAGCAGGAAGAUUGAACUUGUUACAAGUGCCAGAUCCUUGCCUCAUGAUUUUACAAAUACUUGAAUACAUUAUACUUAAGUAUAAGUAUAUACAUUAUACUUAUACUUAAGUAUAAGUUAUAAAUACAUUAUACUUAAGUAUCUUAUUUAGUAAUCACAAUUAAUUAAGUUAUUGAAAUUGAUUAAUCGAUUAUUCGUUCAAAAAGUUGUCCUAGCAGCUUUAGGAAGCUGUAUGCUUGCAUUUAAUGCACGAAUGUCCAUAAACGUACAUUUCUGGAUUUAAUAAGAUGUUAAUCUUUUUACUGUUCUGAUCAGCUUAAGAAUUAAACAUGAAAAUGUUACCUGACAACUAAGUUAUCAUGGGGUAUGUAUCUGCCAUAUAAGCCGGUAAGGAUUGGGUUUAUUAAGAUUUCCAUCAAGCUCCACAUUAAUUUAACUAAUUAAUCAACUAGUUAAUUAGUUAAUUAAUCAAGCUCAAUAAUUAUAAAUUACUGUUCUCUAAAAUAUCCGGUAUUUUAACUUCCAUUUCGUUCAAUGAUAAUCGCAUGUUAUGAAUUAUGUGUAAAGAUUUCCGUUAUUAACCUUCUUUUUAUUUUUAGAACUCAUCUCUAGCAAUAUAAUUCAAAUUAACACUAAUGUGAACUAGUUAACAUGAAUUUGUUAAUUAACAUAACUGCGAUUCCUUUU